CUCGUUUGCUUGAUUUCCCUUUAGGAGCCUUAAUCUCCCCAAUCUCCGCAACCACAUUUUUCCAUCGUCUGCAACCUCAAACCACCGCCUGAUAUUAGCUUUCUCUCACUAAAACAAUCACCGCCUGUUUCUGAUCUCUCUCUAAACUUCUCAAACAAACCCCCCACAUUCGUCGUCGUCCAUGGUCGUCGUCCUCCCAUUGCUGCUCCGGUGAUGGGAGAUGCGCCAGGGCCGUCCAAUCCUCCGCCGCCGCCGCCGCCGCCCCCAACAGCUCUCACCCUCGUUCAGCCCUCCACCAAGAAGAGAAGCAAGCCCAGCAAAGUAUUCCGCGUUUUCCGGAACGUCUUCCGGUCGUUCCCCAUCAUCACACCCGCCUGCAAGUUCCCCUCCCUUCCCAGCGGCCGCCUGCCCGAUAGCAAAGUCAUAGCCGGCGCCCGGAUCACCGGCACGCUCUUUGGGUACAGGAAAGGCCGCGUCAGCCUGUCGAUCCAGGAGAACUCCCGCACCCUGCCCACGUUGGUGGUGGAGCUCGCCAUGCAAACCCACAUUCUGCAGAAGGAAAUGAGCUUGGGCAUGGUGAGGAUCGCCCUGGAAUGCGACAAGCGAGACGACAAGGACAAGACGGAACUGAUGGAGGAGCCGCUGUGGUCGAUGUUUUGCAACGGAAAGAAGAUAGGGUACGGAGUGAAAAGGGAGGCAUCGGAGGAGGAUUUGCACGUGAUGGAGGUGCUGAAGGCGGUAUCCAUGGGCGCCGGAGUUCUGCCAGGGCGGUCGGAGGUGGAGGGGCCUGACGGGGAGUUGGCGUACAUGCGGGCGCACUUUGAUAGGGUUGUAGGGUCAAGGGAUUCGGAGACUCUGUAUAUGUUGAGCCCGGAUGGGAAUAAUGGACCUGAAUUGAGUAUUUUCUUUGUACGAGUAUGAUUAGGUCAUUUUAAGGAGGUUUCAGGAUUUCGACUUCCAGAUGAUUGUAAUCAUUUAUCCGAUAGGAAUUCAUAUAAUUAUCCAGAAUUUGGAGUUGUGGGAUUUCCUAAGAAUUACUUGAAUAUGAUGAGCAUUCGGUGCUGGUUCUUUGGACGUGUCGUGUGUUCGUCCGAGAAUGAAGUUUUCUUUAAGGAAUAUACCUGGCCAUGCAGAUGGUCGGGAUAGUACGUAGAGCUUUUAAGGAAGAAUUGUGUAUACAGAGCUGAGAAUUCACAUUGA